UCUUUUUUGUCUUUCAGGUUAUAAUUAAGCAGUUGGUGAGUGUAGCCAUUGACCUGCAGGAGAAACACAUUUUCCACCGGGACAUCAAGCCGGAAAAUCUCCUUAUUGAGACCUGCAUGAAGGCGCCGCGAGUUCGCGUCAUCGACUUCGGUCUGAGCUGCUUCGCCGAAGAAGACGACGCCUUUGACACCUUUUAUGGUACUCACAUCCCCCCAGAGUGGUCCAGUCGGGAGGAGUACAAAGCGGGACCCUCGACAGUAUACCAGAUCGGAAUGGUCCUGUUCUUCAUGCGACACAAGGCGGCAUCUACACCGGAGAUGACCUUUCAGGAGCUGAAUGAGACCAGUUGGCUUUCCAAAGAUGGCAAAGAUUUCUUUGAGGCGUCCUUAUGUGCGGACCCGGAUAUUCGUUUCACUCUGUACCAGCUGAAGCAUCACCCGUGGCUGAGAUAGCAUCACACACACAAACACACACACACACGUCUUCAUUUAUUUAUUCCUCAUACGUCUGCCAAUCAAUUUUUACCCGCUGUCAUCGUAACACCAGCCGCGCAGAUCAGCUGGUCCACUCUAUUCAAUAAGCACAAGGAAACAAUGAUAUGGUUAGCCUAUCAUCUUGCUGCUGUCUUAUUUAAAUAUGACUGUCUCUCUACCGUCAGUUCAUUCAUGUUGCUUUUACGCACAAUUCAAGGUGAAGACAAUAAUCAGAACGUCGCAUCCGGAUCUUCUCCUCGAUAUAAUAUAAAUAUGGCCAGGAGCCGAGGCGCUGCCCAAACCGUGAGAUUGUUCAAUCUCUUGCAUUUCCCUGUUGGACAGGAGAAACAUUACCGUA